GCGCACCGGGCAGCGCCUCAGUCUGGACAGCGGGACCCGGCGGGCGGAGGCUGGGCCUGUGAGGUGCGAGGGGAGGAGCCCGAGCCGUCGCCGCCGCCGCCGCCGCCGCCGGAGGGGAGCAUGUCCGCGAGUCGAGCCAAGAAAGUGAAGAUGGCCACCAAAUCGUGCCCCGAGUGCGACCAACAGGUUCCUGUUGCAUGUAAAUCAUGUCCCUGUGGUUACAUAUUUAUUAGCAGAAAACUUUUAAAUGCAAAGCACCCAGAGAAAUCACCACCUUCAACAGAAAACAAACAUGAGGCCAAGAGGAGGCGCACAGAGAGAGCUAGGAGAGAGAAGAUGCACCCGACAGGACAUAAGGACUUAGAAAACAGAAAGAGGUCUCGGAGUAACAGCCAUUCAGAUCAUAGCAGGCGAGGAAGAGGAAGACCUAAAAGUGCAUCCGCCAAAAAGCACGAGGAAGAAAGAGGAAGCUACUGCAAGAUACAUGCCACCAAAAUGAAGACGUGAACACAGGGUCCAACUGGAGAGAGGGUUGAGAAUCUGCAGCAUGAUGUUGGAGAGCGAUCCUAAGAUGAUAAUGUGCCAUGAGGAGGCUCAGAAAGCGGCCAUUUCAGAUUGGAGCAGAGCAGAAGACCUGCAGAGAUUUAUUCAGGAAGAAAAAUUGAUAUAAGACCUAAUUAUGUGCAGACAUUCUGAAAAUUUUAUACAUCUCGGAGAGAGUUUGGUUCAAUUAGUAAUGAAAAUUAGGCAGAUGUAAAAAGAGAAUCUUUUCAGGGAAGAACAGUGUAUGUGAAAAGUGAAAUCAUUUACGUAGUCAGAAUAACGUAAACAUUGAAUAGUAAUCUCACCAAAAUUGUGAUAUAACUAUAAUGGGAAGAUGCGAGGGAAGUGUGUAGUGGGGGCAAGAGAUGGAAAACAAUACAAUUCUAAUUUUCCGCUGUGGAAAGUCAGUUAAUGCCUAAAACAAACAAAAAAAACCAAGCAGGAGCAUCAUGUACAAAUGUUCUGUACAGAGAGAGAGGUGAAAACAAGAAGGAACGAGUGAAAAAAAUGUGGGUGCAUCCGAGAGUGGGAAAUGCUCAUGGGAGGACUCUGGUUGUGGUAGCCAGUUCUGUAAAAGAUUUGACUCUAAGGCAUGUGAAUAUUUAACUUGGGUUAAAGAGCAAAACAGUAACAGCAUAAAAACCAGACAAAAGUAGAAUCAUGGUAGAGCUUGGAAAAUUUUGGAAGAAUGUACACAGAAAUGCUAAUUGUGAUUUUAGCUGACUUAUGAGAUAGGUGCUUUCUUUUUGUCUUUCUGUAUUUAAAAUGUUUUCUACCAGGAACUUGCAUUACAUUUCUAAUCAGGAAAGGAAAAAUAGAAAUAAAUGUUUGUUAUUCUUCUAUUUGGUAGCAAGGCUAAGCUGAAGUUAAUAAAUUCAUUAAGACACCAUUGGUUUUCAGGAAGGACUAUCUUUAGGGUGAGAAAAAUCAUUUUGGUACAGUCAUUUGGCCCAUACCAGUGAUGAGAAAGAAAUAUUUGAGAUUCUUACAGAAAUGAUGUAGAUAUUGAAGAUAUAUAGAAAUAUAUAUAGUCUCUCCAGUUAGUCUUUAGAAUGUAGUUCAUGACAUUUCAAUAACUCCUUUGAAAUUAAAAUUUUUUAAGUUCAGUAGCAUAAUACUUUGAAAUACUUAAUGUACAUCAUACUAUCAUGUAUAAUAUUGUCAUUUAAAGAAAUACUUUGAAAGCUGUAAAUUUUUAAACUAAAAUGCUGCAUCUACCGCCUUUAUAGUAAGCUUU